CAUCUCAUCACUCAGCUCAGGAAACCGCCAUGCCGCCCUCCUAAGCCUUCAUCUAUAAGCGCCACGGGAGGAGCACAGAGUCAAGAUGGAUCCGCGCUAUCACUGGCCGCCGCAAGGCUACGCGGAUCCCAACGCAAAUGCGCAAUACUAUCCUCCGCAAGCAGCUCCUCCUCCGGCACAGAUGCACAUGCAGAUGCCAGGUAGCUACCCAGCGCCGCAAAAUAAUAAUUAUGGAGUUCCCGUGUCGAUGCAAUAUCCUCCGCCGAUUCAACCUCCACAGCACUACCAGCCUCAAACUCACCAAUAUGCGCAAGCAUAUCCUCAUUCGCCUGUACCACCUCAAUUACAAACGCAAUCGUUCCAGCAUCAACAACCACGCGUGAUGAUCACUCCGCCUCAGACCCUCGCCCAGACCCUCGCGCAGCAGCAGUAUACAACACCUCAGCCGCAGCCCCGACCCAUGAUACAACCGCGUCAAUUACAGCCACAAGUCGUGAUUCCACAGAGGAGUAACGCAAUAUACAACUCGAGUCCUCUGGCGGGGAUGCACAAUCCGAGGAUAAGACAAGUGCAGGUGCAGGUUCCGGCACAUGCUCAGGGCCAGAGACGGGAGAGCGAUGUUGCUACGGGUCAGGCGAGGGCAGCUCAAGCGCAAAGGACAAGUGAUGGGCCUGCAAUAAGAGGUGGAGGUGGACAAGGUGCGCACGCCCGACCACAGCAGGUUCAGCAGACUCCGGCUGCUGCGAGGCCGGUCCAAAGGGCACCAUCAUUCAAGGAGAAUGCCAUGCGACCUCAACCGUCAUCGUCAAACUUGCUAGCUGCAAAUGCCAGUCAUGAGGCUCAACGGCCACCUCUGCAGAAGCACUCUACACCCCAACAGCAACGGCCUCCGGGUCAACCGUCCUCCGCUCCGCAGCACCGUUCCUCUGGGCUACCCCGGACUCCCUCGUCGCUGCCGAGAGCGCAUCCGAAAAUCGUCAUCAAGAAUCCAACUCCGCAGUCAGCGCCCGGCCCAACCAGACCUCCCCAUCCGUCCCCGAAAGCGCUACCGACGGACCUGGCUGUCCUACUGCUGCAGGCUGCCGAUGAAUAUAUCGACGCCGCGCGGAGCAUCGGACCGAUGCCAUCAUUAAUCAAGAACGAGAAGCAUUUAAAUCAGUAUUACAAGCUCAUGGCCACGGCGCUUGGGUGUAUGGAGUCUGUGUUGAAAAAGUUCACGCAUCCGCCUCGAGAGCAGGCGUCACUGAUGUUGAGAUAUGCGAGCUUACUUGUUGAGGAGACAGAUAAUGAUGUUGAGAUCGAAGAGGUGCUGAGCAAGGGUAUUGCUUUAUGUGCGAGAAGUCGUCUCCUUGAUAUAAGAUACAGCAUGCAGCAUCUGCAAGCUCGUUACCAGUUCAAGACCAACCACCGCGCCGCCCUGAAAUCCCUCGACGGACCCAUUCGAGACGCAGAGGCAUUUCAGCACAUUGUUUGGGUAUAUGCUUUCCGAUUCCUCAAGGUAUCACUGGCUCUGCGUGUUCCUGGCCGUCCCGAGAGCGCCUCCGCUCUCCAGCAGUUGCAUGAGAUUACGAAACUCGCCGAUAAGCGGGGCGACCGCGCCAUAUCAAUAGCUGCAUCUGCUCUUGAAGCCAUGGUUCACCUCCGUGCAGGUGGCCCGGACCAUCUCGAGCAUGCGCAGCGUGCGAUCGCCGCUGCCAGGACAUAUCAGCUCCAAGAGUCCUCGAAAGGACUUGGGCAGAUUAUCGCACUGAUCGACACUGUUGAUGUUGCGUGCAGUCUGCAGAGGGGUCAACCUGACUGGCAGAAGAUAAAUGCCUUGCAACAGAAAGCGGAUAAGCAGCCCGGUCCGGACGACGGCGUGUUCUCCAUUCUUAUUGAGAAGAGCUCUGGCGGACAGAGCCUCACCCAAUGCACCGGAGGGGUGUUCAGGAAGGCGGAAGACGGUCGGGACGAACUUGUCUUGUCUUGGCUUCCGAAGAACAGUCUGAAGAUGCUUGCGUAUCACCUCAGCGGACUUGCUUGUAGUGUCACGGAAGUGAGUCGUGGGCGGGCUUAUCUGAAAGAGGGGCAGAGGAUCACUCAGGAUGCCUUACAACGCCCAUUACCAUGCCCCACUUCCCUGCCUGAUGCCAUUACGCAACGCAGCUGGAUCAUGAUCCUCGAUUGGCAGCUUACAUUUUCCCUCGGUAUCAUGGCCUGCCGAGCAGAAGACUUCACCCAAGCCACCCAAGCGCUGGAUUCCCUCCGCAAACUCAUCGCCGUCUCCCCGUUCAAAGACGAUGAAUCCUACACCAUAUACCCCUCAUACCUCUCCGCGCUCCUUUCGCAAUGUACAGGAUCCCUCUCAGAGGCAGCCACAGGCUACUCCCUCCCUAUCUUCUCCCUCCCCGCCCCCGGCACACCCCCAGACAUCAAAACGACCCUUUCGAUCCUCGCAGCCCUAAACCACCUCCUCCUCCUCCGCUCCGACCCCGCCCAAAAAUGGCAAUCCGACCUGCUAUCCUCACAACUCGAACCCCUCCUCCCCACCCACCCAAACCUCCAGCUCGAAACCGCCUUCCGCGUCCUCGUCGCCCUGGCCAAAAACACCCCCGAGUCCCUCAGCAUCAACCGCCAAAAGACACUGAUCAGCAACGCCCUCACCAAGGCGCAACAGCUGCAGAAUUUCCAAUUUGUAGCUAUUUGCCUGUGUUACAUGUCGGAGCGGUUCUUCUCGGAGACGGUGGGCGAGCAGGCGGUGAAGAGUGUGAGGGCGGCGAGGAAUAUGGUGAGGAGGGAGGGGAGGGCGGUGUUGUGGAGGGCGGUGGUUUGUGGGCUUUGCGAGAGGGUGUUUGAGAGGAAUGGGUUGGUGGGGGAUGCGCAGGAGGUGAGGAGGGUGUGGGUUGAGGAGGUGGCGGGGGGUUUGCCGGAGAGGUUGAAGGGGGUGUUGAGGGGUGGGGAGAGUGGUGGGGUGAAGGUGGACGGGGAUGGGGAUGGGGACAGGGGUGUGAAGAAUGAGGGGGGCGAUGUGGUUAUGGUUGGGUGA